AUGGCCCGAAAAGCAGGAAGACCACCAACACGACACCAGGGCAUGAAAGAUACGUCGGGCGGCUGGAGACUCGCGAGCAGUAAUCGGGGCGAACAACAGAACCAGCAACAACAAAGAAGGCGACGGCAACAGCAACAGAAAAGGCACCAACAUCAACAUCGCCGGCCGUAUUCAGACUCCCUUGGCGGCUCUAGAGAUCUCCAGGAGAAUGAUGGCACCUUGGAAGGCACAGAUGACGCCCAGCCAAGCUUCGAGGCCAUGCUUCUCGAUGCGGUUACAGACGAUUCAGAGACGCUGAUACCGCUUUUCAGUAAUUCAUUGCCCACGAUACCCGGGCUUGGAACUUGGGAUGACGGGGAUACAUCCAGGACGUAUGUUGAAGGCGCCUCCCAUCCGCUGCCAACGGACAGCAAUCGCCAACAAGUAGAUUCCAUAACGGAUCAACCAGUCAUUAGAGACAGCCCUUUAUUGGUUACGGAAUGCAGCCAGCCAGGCACAGGCACCAAACCCAUAGAAUGCGAGCUCAUUGUUCCUCCCAUUGCAGGGAGUGUCAUCCAGCAGCUCUGCGCACUCAGCGUAAAGCUUGCGAGCCAAAUCAAAUCGCUCUCCUCCAUAGACUCGGACACGGCAAAUAACCCCAUGCCACGGCUGGAACAGCUAGCAGCCAAUGUGAUUGAGAGCUCCGUUGAAUUACAUCGCGUUCUUAGUGAAGCCAGAUCGAUGCUAGAAGCGCUUGAUGGUCUGGACCCCAUAUUGUCAGACACAGCCAUGAUCUUGCAGGUCCUGUCAGCGUACAUUCGUUUGACGCAGCUUCAUUACGCCCUUUACCAAGAGAUGAAUUUCGCCCUGAUGAAGCUUAGCGACUGCCCAUCUCAUGAAUUCUCACCUUCUGAUAUUUUCGUUCUUUUCCCAAUGCUGCACAUUGGCGGCGUUUCACUGUCGUCUUAUUACCGCUUCCAGCUCAAGUUCGUCCUGCAGAUCUGUGUUCAUCAUCUUGGAGAGACCGAGGCUCUUCUUGGCCUUCCAGCCGACCUUUGUGUGAGCGGGCGGAUGCUCCAGGGGGAGGGAAUCUUGCACCAGAGCACGGGUGAAAUGUCCUUCCUCGUGCGGACCAUAAUGUGUCAAGCGGAAAAGACCGUCAAGGGCAUUCGCAGCGUGCUGGCAGAACUAUCAGAGCGAACAAAGGGAGCAAUUGAAGUAUAG